CAACUGACGGCUUAAGUUGAGGAAACACGAGUGUGCUACCUUUUUCAGUAUAUAUUAAGAAAUGUCGUCAGAUGAAGAUGAGCCAAUGAGUCCUCUCCCAAAAGACUCAGACUCUGUAUCCUCUGACCUUCAGAGGUGAAGCCCUGUAAAGGUUCCUGGUUCCUGUGUUAUGCUGGCUGUUUGGAAAUAAAAUGUAAUCAGGAUGGAUUGCACUACACACAAAGAUGAGUAUGAAGAGCUUCUCCACUAUGCUAUUGUCACGCCAAAGCUUGAGACACUUUCCCGUGGUCAGCGGAAGAAAGAAGACACACGCUCACAGUACCUACAAGAUCCUGCAGCAGAAGUUGAAGGUGGGAGGCAUUCCAGCAGGAGUAUGAGGUCACCACGGGCUUCCCCUUUGAUUAUUGAACCCUCCACACACUUGAGAACUUCUCUUGCUGAGCAAGCAGCAGGUCGGUCGUUCAGCAGGAUGUCGGUGGUCUCAGACGGUCCCUCAGACCGGUUCCAGGCUCCAUCUGUGAAGUCCAGGUCCAACAGCCCUGAGCCCAACGAGCUUGCUAUGACAGAAAUGUUUAUUUCAGAGGAAAACAUUAACAAGAUGGAGAACCUUCUGGGUACAUGGAGCAAAAACUUAAAGUCCAAUGUGCUGACUGAGCUACGGAAGUGGAGGUUUGCCUUCAUGGAGAAACACAAACAAGAGAUGAUGAAGGAGAGGGAAAGACAUGCAGUCCAGACAGCUGGCCUGAAAGGAGAACUUGAAAGCCUAAAGGAGCUGCUGCACACCUACGAGACCUCCAACAAGAGAAAAGAUGAGGUGAUCGUGAACCUGAGCCAGGUGCUAAACAAACAAAAAGAAAAGCUUGAAAAAAUGAAGGCCUUCAGCCACUGGAGACUUCAGCGCACUGAGGCUAGAGAAGAGGCUCAUGCUGUCCAGGUGGCGCAACAGCACUACAGCUUGCAACUGAAGAAGAAGGUAUGGUCAGGCUGGCAUUCUCUGAUCCAGAAACACUGGAAGGUCAAGGUGGAGCGGGCUUGCCGUUCAAGGGCUGAAGAGGUCUGUUCCAGGCUAUCAUCAGAUUAUGAGGCCAAGCUGGCAGAGCACUGUGAGGCUAUAGAGAAGGCUCAGGCAGAGAUCUUUAGACUACGAGUGGAACGAGAGCGCUACGAGGAAUCUAUGAAGAAAGCCUUCAUGAGAGGGGUAUGUGCCCUCAACAUGGAAGCUCUCAGCAUGUUCCACUCAACCGAGGGACGACCAGAGCAAGGUCCUGUCCACGAGGAGCACGCAGAUUCUUUGCUUCCCCAGGAUGAGGCUGGAUCUGCUACACCAGCUCAACUUCAGCCAUAUCCCACCUCUUCCACAAGGUUCAGUCCAGUCCACUUUGACCACCCAGGCCCUUCACACGGUGAUGAGAUGAUGGGUUGUAAAGUCACCACGUCCCAUGAAGAAAUACUCCGUCCGACUGCAUUGGUGCACGGCGCACCCCCACUGGGGGGCACUGCAAGUUCCCACAAACAGGUCAGUGGUCGUAUUGUUACUGCAAGUCAGCAAAAACCUUUAAAAACGGUAACGGCUCGCAUCACAGCACGUCCUGCUGUUGGUAAGGCGGCACGCUCCAACCUCCAGGUGAUGGGAGUAGCUCCGCCCAUGAGCUCUGUGAUAGUUGAACGUCAUCAUCCUGUUACACAGCUCACGAUUGGACAGGCCACAGCUGCUAAGUUUCCUCGAUCCUCACAGCAGGGCAACGCCUCCUCUGCAGGCAGAGGGUCCUCACGAACACAAACCAGCACGUGCGCUGUGCACUCCAUCAAAGUGGUUGACUAAUCACAAGCUUGCCAAGACAAAAUGUAGCAAUUAUAUCUAACAAUCCAAGCAAUGAUAGCAUGAUUAUUAUUAUUUUUUUUACACAAAAUGAAUACUAAGUACAUUUCAUCUGAUAUCUUGCAAUGAAAUUGUCUUGUUUCACAGCUUCCUUUCAUGAAUGUAAAAUGCACAGCAAAAAGUAUUUUCUCAGGGAAGUAGUACUUAGAAGAGUUUCUUUUUUCCUUUCAUUACUAACUUGACAGAGUUAAGAACCUAAAUUCGACUUUUUUUUAUAUUUUACUUUUAAAUUAUGCACUGUUGAAAGUGUACUUUAACUUUAUUCUGUAAAUAUACAUAUUAUUGUAUUAAUCUAUGAUGUGGCAACAGUACAGAACCACAGGCUGCUUGCUUUACUAAACCAAAUCCAUAUGUUUGAUAGACGUUGUUGUUUUUUUUUUAAUAAAUUAUUUUAC